CUCAGGUCCCCUCUUGAACUCGCUCGACCUCGACUCUGUAGUUUCCUGUGUUACCUAAACACAACAGUGUGGCUUUAAAUCACUGCAUUGUGUUCAUGAGACCCAAACUGAAAGUAGUUUAUAGCUUCUAGAAACCGACUUGCUUUAUGUUUAAAGUUUUUGAAUCUGACUUUAACGUUGAAGAAGAUCUUUUCUUAACGUUUCUGCGUUGUUGUUUUUUACAUCAGCAUCUCUAAAUGUUGGCGUAGAGAGAUGACAUGUAUAUUUUAGAUAGAGGACGUGAACCCAACGUGAACACAACAUCUCUGAUCAUCACUAGGCUAUUUUGGUUAGACUUUGGUCAAGGUUUUGUUUGACUUUUGUAAUUAUUAAUCGGGUAUUUAUUUAAGCAGUGUCAAGAUAACUUGGAUUGAGAUACUUUAGGUUCAGCUAGCAAGUGCUAACAGUUGAUGUCUCCUCCCUGAGAUAAAAUGCAACACAAGUUACUUUAAAUUAGUUAAAAGUUUAUAAAAGUGUGUCUUCGCCUGCCACAGAUGAGUCUGAUGAGACGAUCAUCCACCAUGUCCCACACCGUCCCUCCGAUUCUCUCCGUUGCCCCCUCUCGAGCUCUGGUCGAUGAGAAGUUCAAGGUGGUGGUGGAGAAUCUGCCUCCAGGAUCUCCAGUAACACUCCACUCCCUCCACCACUCUGAGGACAAGGACUACUGGGAGGCCUAUGGACACUACAUCAGUGAUCACAGAGGAACAGUGUCUCUUGCAGAGGAUUUGAGUUUUGGGGGAACGUACACGGGAAAAGAAGCCAUGGGUUUGUUGUGGAGUAUGCGCCCCGUCCCGGGCAGCCGCAAAGGUCUCAGGUUGAGAAAGAUGAACAUCUGUAGCCCCCUGCUGGUCAACAUCUCGGUCUACAGUGGACAUGUAGUGGAGGGCUUCAGGGAGCAGGCUCCUCUGGCCUCGUCGCUCACAGAGAGAUGGUACAUGGGUCCAGGUGUCCAGAGGAUCGAAAUCAAAGAGAAAGGAGUGCGAGGGACCCUGUUUAUACCUCCAGGUCCAGGACCCUUCCCCAGCCUGUUGGAUAUGUGGGGAGGCGACGGAGGGCUGUUAGAGUAUCGUUCAGCCUUGCUGGCGUCUCAUGGUUAUGCUUCUUUGGCGCUGGAGUAUCUCGUCCACGGAAAGCUGAAGUCAGCAGACAUCGGGCUCAACUAUUUUGAGACAGCGUUUAAUAUUGUCAAGGACCAUCCUCAAGUGAUCCCAGACAAAGUUGGACUUUUUGGUCUUUCCCUCGACUCGGUUGUGACCAUCUUGUUGGCUGCAGAGAGCAGCGUUGUCAAGCCUCGUUGUUGUGUUUGUGUUAGCGGCAACCACAUUUAUCCACGUGGGGAGACCCUCAGAGGACUCAAUCAAUGGUUGCAAUCGAAUGCUCACAAGUUACGUGUGGAUGAGAACAACCAUGAGAUAUGGCGAGGUAUGGGUCUACCGAUUCCUGAUGAUCCCUCUCUGAAAGUAAACGUGGGGAGAAUAAACUGUCCAAUGUUGUUGGUGAACGGCCAGGAUGAUCAGAACAUGCCCACAGUGGAGGCUGCUGAGGAUAUGGCCCAGAUGAUGCGUGCAGCAGGGAAGGAGCACCUGCUGACAAGACUUGAAUACCCGGAUGCUGGACAUCUGAUUGAGCCGCCCUACUCACCUAACUUCAGAGUUACUAACUUUAUAAAUAAUAGCAAAGAGAAGGUGAUAGUGCUGUGGGGAGGACAAACCAAACCCCAUUCAGACGCUCAGGAAGACUCCUGGAAUAAGAUCUUGGCUUUUCUGCAGCAGCAUCUGUACUCCAGCCCAACUCCCACAGACAAGAUGUGAAUGAUUACACCGGCGCAGAUCGGAUGGGUUAAAUGCAGAGGACGAUUCUACUAAUUUUUAAGUUUUAAAUCAUAGUGUUGUGUUACGAGGUCAUGUUCACUACAUUAACACUGCCACAUUUCACUGCCAUGUUCAUUGGAUACUCACUAUGAUGACCGUGUGCCUUUCAUCUGAUGAAUUGAAGUGCACAGAAUAUGUUGUUCUUUUGGGAGCGUUAUUCAUGUAUUGUGAUGAUGGGGAUUAGAUGAUGGUAGGUUAACAUGCAGUAAUGUUUGGUUUAUAAUAAUAAUUCCAUGAGGGAUGGAUCAUGUAAAUCACCAGACAUGAAAAUAAAAUAUUCAUUCAUUCACACAUAUGCAUUAUGUCAACUGCAGCAUGGAUCACACAAAUCAACGAACAGAUUGUCCAGACAUUUCAAAAUGAAACUUCUGUAAUAUGUAAACUUGUUAAUAAAGGAAACAACUGACAAAUAAUAGAAA